GGACCGCAUGUCUGCCUGGGGGAUGCCAACCAGCAUCCGAAGCUAUUUCGUCAUGUGAAGACUCCAGUUUCUCAUAAGGUAAUUGAGAAAAGGAGAAGAGACCGCAUUAACCGAUGCUUAAAUGAGCUUGGCAAAACCGUGCCCAUGGCCCUGGCAAAACAGGUGAGGAGGUGUUCUUUUCCUUAUUUUCAAACUGCCAAAUAGGGCAUCUUGAUUCCACCUAACCGUAUGUAUUGUCUUCUGCUUCAAACGCUCCUUUUUACACAUCGUGGUUUUUCCUCAUAUUUUUAAAAGGAGAAUACUUCAGGAUUUAAUUGAAUGUUACUACACUCGCCGAGAAGUGCGCAUGUUAUGCUUCGCUGUGCUUUAGUGUUUUUGUAUGUCCCAAAGAAUUGAGUGAGCUCAGUAAACACAUUUUAAAUAUGAACAUACAUCACACUGACAGAAAAUACCAGAACAAAAACUUGAUAUUAAAGUGUGUUAUGUCUUUUGAAAAGAAUUAACUUUUCUUGAUGACCCACUUAGCCCCCCUUUACGUGUUUGUGUUCUUGUGCGUUUGCUGUGUAGAGCUCCGGCAAACUGGAGAAAGCUGAAAUCCUGGAGAUGACAGUUCAGUAUCUCAGAGCAUUGCAUUCUUCGGAUUUUCCACGGGGCAGAGAGAAAGGAGAGCUCUUGGCAGAAUUUGCCAAUUAUUUUCACUACGGCUAUCAUGAAUGCAUGAAAAACCUGGUACACUACUUAACCACGGUGGAGAGGAUGGAGACGAAGGACACCAAGUACGCCCGCAUCCUGGCUUUCCUGCAGUCAAAGUCGCACUUUGUAACGGAACCAUUGUUCAGCUCCCUCGCUGCCCUGCCGGAUCCCACCGAGUACAUGUGCCAGCUCCACUCCACUUCGGACUUUCAGACGCACAGCGCCAGUGACUCAAUUUUUCCACAAAGCCACGGACAUUUCUCUUGGCACAACACUACCAGGAGCCCGGCUCUUGCGUACUUACCAAAUGCAGUCGUGCCACAGGUGCAGCAGCAACAGCAGCAGACUGGGACCUGGUUGUCACCGGUCCAGGGGCUCGAGCAGCACUACUUGAACCUGCUGGGACAUUCGCAUGGUCCCGCAUUCAGCCUGCACAGUGCGCAGCACGCUGCCAUGUGAUCAGCUUGGACUUCGGCCAUAUUUAUGAGCACCCACUUAGGUUCUCUCUCUUGGCUAAGGACAAUGUAAAAUAGUGCGUUUAAAAAUUAAAGUAAAUUCUGCUUAAAUUAAA